AUGCAUCCCGGGGCGUCUGCUGGCUCUCGCGCACAAUCAAGUGACCAAAGUCUUAAUCGCAGUUCGGUAUCGGCGCCGGACGGAGCUGUCGCCGGAGAUCUGUGGCUCUGUCAGAUGGGUUGCAGUUAUGUCAGGUCGGGAAUUAUGGCUAUUGCAAAGUUGGUGAUGGUGCAGACGAGGCUGGAGAACCCGACCUUCUACCACGUCCUUCAGUCGCAGCGUCGGCAGGUGCUCCAGUUCCUGUCGGGCAGCGGCUCCCCUGGGGACGCUUCGGGCUCCGGACCCCCACACCCCCACCAUCCCCCCGCCUGGCCCCACUCCGACCCCGGCGUGGCCAUGAAGCCCACUCAUCCCGGUGCGCCCAAUGCGAGCACGAGUGGCGCGGGCGGCAGCAGCAGCAGCGUGGGCGGCGCCGUGGCCGUGUCGGCGCCCCGAGUGCUGGCGCGCGGCCCUUGCUCCCCGGAGGCGGCCUCUACCUCCCGCACGGCCGCCUCCACGCCCGCGCCCUCCACCGCCCCCGCCUCCGUCGUCUCCUCCGUCAUCUCGUCGUCAGCCGCCUCGCUCUCCGAUGCCUCUGAGGUGGAAGAUGUGAUUGACGAGAUCUUGAACCUGGAGGAGGGCCUGGACGCCUCCGACAACCUCAAGGCCUACGAUCAAGUCAAUAACAUGCCGUCUUCGAUGAACACCGUGCCCGGGUCCAUCUGCGACCUGCUGGGCCUCAACGGGUACAUGGGCAAGACGCCCAACUCCUGCCCGCCUGACCUGCCCCAAGUCAAGAACGAGACCACGCCCAUCAACGACCAGCAGAUGGUGGCGUAUAUGAAGGACAGGCAGAAGAAAGAUAACCAUAAUAUGAUUGAGCGAAGAAGACGAUUCAACAUAAAUGACAGAAUAAAGGAACUCGCCACACUCCUUCCCAAAAGCAACGAACCAUACUUCGAGCUGGUUCGUGAUCUGCGCCACAACAAGGGACAGAUCCUGAAGGCUUCAGUCGACUACAUCAAGAGGCUGAAACUGGACACAGAGUACAACAAGGAGGUGGAGCUGAAGCGAAGAGCCUUAGAGCAACAAAACCGCCAGUUGCUCUUGCGGAUACAGGAACUGGAAUCCAAACUUCGUUCAAAUGGAAUCAAAGUGGAAGAGACCAACAUUGACCAGAGUUUGCUGCUGUCUACAAUUAUUAAGUCAGAGGUGGUAAAUAACACAGGGGAACAAAAUGAAAUGAAGAAGGUGAGGUGUAACUACAAUCUCCCUGGAUCCCUGCUUGACGAACUUUUAGACGACUUCACUUCAGCAGGCUUUAAUCUGGACCUCAUGGAUGACGACGGGCCAGCAUUUACAAGUGACCCGGUGUUCUCUUCGCCUCAGGUCUCAUCUCCGAAUUCCUCUCAUCAUUCGUUUGAUGAUGCUCUCACUCCAGACUCCAUGGACAUUGUUGCGUGAUCGUGUGCUUUAAGAGCAGUGAAAAACAUGCAUAUCUCUCAUUAAAACAUGAAUUUGUUUUAAGCCAGCUUAGAAUAUACAAGGAAAAAAAAUUAGUACUGUUUGAAGUCACAUAUUUCUUACAUUAUGUUCAGCGCUGUAAUCAUUAAACAUAACCAUUAAUGUAUUCAAUUUUGAUGUAGAUAAAACACACACACACAUGCACACUCACACAUGUACACACACACACACACAAAAUAAACUUCUUUCAGUAACUCUCUGUUUCUCCCAAUUCUGCUCUUUUGAAAUCUGCGAUAAGUUUGUUAAUUGUAUUGUUAUCUUUUAAAAAUGUUGUACCUCAAAGGUUCAUAGAGAUGUAAAAUUUUGUUGAAAUCCUGUAAUUGUUGAUCUAAAUUUGUACAGUACCAAAAAAACUACCGAACCUUCAACUCCCCGGCUAAAUGGCUGGUUAAGCUACAGAGGCUUUUGUAUGACCUUUUUCUAAGACAUUUCUCAGUCUGUAUUGAUUGGUAAAUUCCGAUGUUUAGAUCAAAAAAGAUUAUUCAGUUCUUUUAAGAAGUAUUGGUGUACUUAUCGAAAUUGCUGUGUACCUCUUAGAAGAAUGUAACUGAUAGGUACCUGAUACUGAAUCCAUAUUACAGUAUAUUUUUUGCUAGUAGUCCACAUAAUUUAAUAAAUAUGAUAAGGAGAAUUACUAACUAUUUUUACUUACAUGAAACAUUUAUAGGUUUUAUUUUACCUCGUUGCUAGAGUGUACAGUUUGUUCCUCUGGCAGUUUCAAAGAUUUGAUAAAGCAGUCAGCAGGAGCACUUAACAAUGAUCUUAUUUAGCACUUUAAACAUGAUUUUCACUUGCACCUUAAUUAUUUUUCUCAACAACUUUGAGAACAGUUUUUUUCUAUGUUGCUGGCUACAUUGAGAGUUGCCAUAAAACAUCAAUUUAUUUGUAAAUAGUUCUGUAAAUUUAUUUACUCUUACAUUUAAAAAAGAGAUGAAAUCAAAUAUUUUUCAUGCUUUUUUAAAAGAUUUUCCAAAAUCGCUAGUAUUUAUUUUGAAAUUUCUUUCAGAUGCAUAAUUUGUUAUAGUCGCGGUAAAGAUAUAUUUGACAUGGAAAAGAUCAUAAUUUACAAACAAGAUUUGAGUGUUUGUUACUUGUACAUAAAAUUUAAGCAGUGACACACUUUACAUGUAAGCCUAACAAUGCUUGGAACAUUAGUUUUGUCUUGGGCAUAAUUUUACAUUUAGGAAGGUGAAAUGCACUAUGAAUUUCUGAAAAUGAUGUAUGGUUACAUAUGUGAAACAAUGAAUUGUUCAUAUUCUUCUUUCAUACACUGUUGCAAAGGUAAAAUUGUAUAGAACUUAUUGUUAAAACUGUGAUUUAUGAACUGUUAGAAGAGCAAAGGUCGGGCCAGAACUUUACAGUGUUCCUGUUGUUUGAACCCUGACAUUUUUAUCUUUUCUUUUUAUCUCUUUUUUUUUCUUCUUUUUUUCUGUUAGCACAUUGUUAGUCUGUAUGUGCUCAGGAGUGCAUGGAUAUUAGUGAGAGUAUUAGAGUGCAUGGUACUGUAUGUGAUUUGUGCAUUAAAGAUUCAUCUCUGAUUCUUACAAUAUGCUUAUUUAAAGGUGUACAUAGUUUACAUGAUCCUUAGUUAUAAUUUGAAUACUUUUUUAUGUAGUCAUAUCAUUUUUUUUUUCUUCUUUUCUUUUCCUUUUUUCAUGUAUUUUUUUUCUCUCUCUUUUUCUAUUAUGAUGAGACAUAGGAUGUAAAAGCAUCAAUUUUAUAUAAACUGUAUGCAGUGUUUCCUGAAGAUUUUUAACCAGUAGUUGCUUUUACAUCGUUUAUCUCAAAAACUAUUUAAUUUUAAGUGUAGCGUUCUUUAUUGCCACGACAGUUAUAGUGGCAGAAAGUAUAGAAUUUAACCAGCAAAGGGACGUCACUAACAUAGGAUUUGGAUGACAAAUAAAAAGGGUUGGCAGAAAGAAAUGAUAAAAAUUGUAACACAGAUCUUAGUACAUUUGAUCCUCUGAACUACUGGGGACACAUUGGAUCUGUGGUUUGAUAAUUUCUCUUCAGAAAGUUUUCAAGGCAAAUGUUUUUGUCUCUAGACCAAUAAGAAUUGGAUUCCUUUUUUCUUAUCAUAAAGGUCCUAAUUGUUAUUGGAUAUGUUAUAUAUACAGUAUAUAUAUAUAUAUACCGGUUAUUUCCCCCCCAUAAUUUACAGAAAAGUACAGUUCCCAGCCCUUUUAAUUUUGCUUUUAACUUUUGAUGCUUUGAUACCAGCAGAUCAAACAUUUAAUAGAGGCAGUGCCCUCACAGGAAGUCCUUGUAACUAAUGAUAAGACUGUGAAGACUCACACUAGUGCAAAACCAAGCAUGCUGUAGUCAUUAUUGGUCAAAGAUCUAAUAUUAUUUAAGAAAAUUAUGUAGUGAACCUUGGAAUAUGGAAAAGAGAAGCCUAUUGUUUAUGUGAUAUAUAUAUGUAUAUAUAUUUUUCUUUCUUUCUUUAUGAGUACUACGUAUCUAAACCAGCCUUGCCUUAUUUCCUGUGUAUGGUUACAUCAUCAUGCACCGGACUUUAUUCAUUUCAAAGUAAUGAAAUAUUCCACAUGGGUUCUAAAAGGGAGAACAAAGGAGUAAUCAUUCAAGUACUAGUACCACAGACUGAAGGGAAAAGAGGAUACAAUAAUUUGAUAUGUAAUACAGACUAGAGCUCUAUGUCUGGAUAUCACGCCAGUAUUGUCUCUUUUGGAUAGAGUGAGUUGUGAUAUCUCAAUUGGUCUAGUUCCGUUUUUAUGGUGUAAUAUCUUGUUUUUAUAUGUCAAUUAGUGGUGUUACCACAGCCUGAUGUUGUUAUGCUGAAGUGGUGUAGUCAGCACCCAUCAUAAGAAAAGACAAAUGGAAUAAAUUGUAUAUUUGAA